UCUUUGCCUGCACUUGCGGGGUGCGGGCUUUGCUUUUGCAUCUGCACAUACGGGUGGCGUUCGAGGUGUUACUGGCAGUAUCAUGUUUGUAGUACCCUUGGUAUUGCAAGUGACGAUUUCCAAUAAUGCAUGUCACCCAUCGUUUCACACGCGCAUGCUCUCCCCACAUUUUUUUCUCUCCUACGUGGUGUCGUCGCUAAAAUAUGUCACUCGACGCUGGUCUGACUUUGAGAAGGACGGUCACGGGUAACGUGGACGGGUUUC